AUGUGUAGUUCUUUUGUAGAGCCUUAUGGUUGGGCCUUUCUACCGGAUUUGUUGUUGGAAGAAAUUUUCUCCCAAUUACCUAUUAAAAAUUUGGGACGUUGCUCUCAGGUAUGCUUGAAUUGGUAUCGUAUAAGCCAGCAGGGUUAUGCUUGGCGACGAUUUCAGUACAAAGACAAAAUGUUCACAAGACGAAAGUACACAUCACAUGCAGGAUGGCAAUAUAUGAUUGACCAUUGGAAGUUGAGAUUUCUAAUAGUGAAAGCGACGUCGAAAUGGAGGGUGCUGGAAAUUGAACCGGUAACAAUUCUUUUUAAUUUGUACGAAUUCAUCCGAGUUUUGACUAAUUUUUCGGAAUACUAUGAGAGAAACUCAUCUGAGAAGCCGCUUCAAGGAAUUCGAUCAUUUUCAUUUAAAUGGCAACUUCAUGUACACGUAAGGGGUGAAAAUGAAACUGAACGGAUUUUGUACAAAUUUGAUUCUCAACUCAUAUCAUUAUGUAUUAUAAAUUUAACGAAAGUGUACAGGCCAUUUCUACAACUUGGAUUAUUUCUAUUUUUGGAACAUUUAACAGUCUCACCACAACAUCUUGAUGAAUCGAUCGUGAUACUUCUAGCUGACCUGAGACAUCUCAAAUCACUGAUAAUUUUACAGAACGAUAAAACAUUUGGAGCGAAAGCGGUUGAUUCGAAGGCAUGGUUAUCUUUCGCAGAACGUAACAAUCACACGAGAGUUUAUUUAAUUCAGGCAGGUACAUUUUUUUUGUUUCCAGCAAUGAGCGAUCAUUUGAAAUUACGAAAGCGACAAAAUGCAUUACUAAUUCAGCCUAAGGCACCAGUCUAUGCUAUCAUCUUCGAUAAAUCAACUGGACAGCUUACCGGUGAAUUAACACAAGAGAUUUGCCAUAACUAUUCUACAACGCUGCAAUUUUUCCUCCAGAAAGGUCUUGAACGUCGAUACCGUUCCCGAGAGUUCUCGAAACGAGUUGAUAUUUUCGCUAUUGAGCUCGCUCAUCGAUGCCCUAAUCUAAAACUGUUAGCAAUACGUGAAAGAAUGUGUUUUGCGAGUGCAUUAUUACUCGCUCAAAUCGCCCGAUCACAUCGAAUGACAAUUUGUUUGAGACGCAACGCAUUGCUAAAAAGGGUAAAUUGGUCUGAUGAUGCCGUAAGAAGUAUUUUGGGUUCAGAGAGCAAUCAGAAAUGGAUCAGAGGUCAUUGCAGAAAUUUUGAAACACUUGAAAAGACAAUUCGAAAUAUAAUGGGCACUACAGCUCCGAUCGCAAUGAAUCAAAUUAGUUCUGAAAAAGUUAUGGAAAAGUUAAAACGUACCGAAGUAAUGCACAAAGCAGAAAAGUCAUUGAAGAUGGCGGAAAAGGUUGAACAUGUACCAAACAAUUUGAAAACGCAUAAUUCGAAAGAACGAAGGGGAAGAAGCUAUCAAAUUAUUGGUGAUUUGGACACCACUGAUUCAUCAUUUGAGUAUUCAUUAGACAAUACGCUUGCUAUGGAAUCAUUAGAAAUGAUUAAAGGAAAACACGGGCUGGUAUUGGAAGGUGAAGAGAUCGAUCAUCAAAUGGUAAAAGUCCCACAAAGAAGUGAUUCAUCAGAUUAUUCAUUAUUCGAUUCGCAAUCAUCGAGACGAGAUAUUCGUGAACAACGAUUUCGAUUAUUCAAGUUAAACACAUCGGUAGCUCGACGAGUAGCUGCUGUGCUAGAAGAUAGUAUAAUUUCUACAUCCACUCAAGACAAGAAAGAGAAGCCAGCGACUGAAGCGGAUACACAACAAAUUCCUGAGGUAGAAGAAACUCAGAAUAACUUAAUAGCGCAUACCUAA